AUGAUUGGAUUAUUUGGUAAAAACAUUUUAAAGUUUGGUAGAGUCUAAGCACUUAAUACUGGAAAAUACAGCGCAUUAAGCUUAAUGAACACUAGCUUAAACAAAAAUAUUCCCAGAAAUUAUAUAAGAAUGACAAAAUAAGAUGCUGUAUAAAUUCCUUCUGUUGAAGAAGCAACAAAAUACUAACAGGAUUUUAAGCUUGAUGAAACUGUUACAAACCCUGUCCAUGAUUUAGUUAAACCUGGAAAAGAAAAAUUAAUAGGUUCAUGGCUAUUAUUGACUGCUGCAGGUGUUUUUGGAAUGAUAGUUUUAGGUGGAUACACUCGUCUUACCUAAUCUGGUCUUUCUAUGACUAAAUGGAAACCAAUUGAUCACAAGCUUCCCUCUACAUAAGAAGAAUGGGAAAAAGAAUUUGAUAAUUAUAAAAAAUAUCCUGAAUAUUAACUUGUUAACAAAAAUAUGGAUUUAAAUGGAUUUAAGAAAAUAUUUUUUGUUGAAUGGGCUCACAGAUUAUGGGGCUCCUCUUUAGGAAUCUUGUUUGGUGUUCCAUUGUUAGGAUUUGCUGCCUUAGGAUGGUUAAAAAAGCCCAUGUUUUUCAGAUUAACAGCUAUGCUUGGUUUGGGAGGUUUACAAGGAUUAAUUGGCUGGUGGAUGGUCAAGAGUGGCUUUGAAUAAAAGCCUGAUUACUAAACUAAGCCAAGAGUUUCAGUUUAUAGAUUAUUCACUCAUUUGAAUAUGGCCAUAGUUCUUUAUGGAGCAUUAUUAUGGAAUGGUUUAACUUUAAUUAGAAAACCUUAAUAAUAAGCACUUUAGCUCUCUCACUUAGCUGGUACUAAGACAAUGAGAGGCUUAGGUAUUGGUUUAUUACAUUUCGUAGCUUUGAAUAUUAUGUCUGGAGCUAUCGUAGCAGGAAUAGAUGCUGGAAAAGGUUUUAACACUUGGCCUGACAUGAAUGGCUAAAUGAUUCCUGAUGGUUUGAUGAAAAGAGAUCCUUGGUACUUGAAUUUCUUUGAAAAUAGAGUUUUAGUCUAAUUUAACCAUAGAAAUUGUGCUUAUUUGACUGCAAGUUGGACAGGAUACAUGCUUUACAAAAGUUUAUCCCUUAAUUUAGCUAAGCAUCAAAGAUUCUAAAUUGGUUUACUCUCAUUCUUUAUUUUAUACUAAAUUGCUUCUGGUAUAACAGUAUUAUUACACGGAGCACCUCCAAAAGAAUCUUCAGGCCAUUAAGCAACAGCUUUGAUGACUGUAACUGUUGCCCUUCUUACAUGUCAUUCAUUUAGAAAGCCUUCAAAGCAAUAUUUAAAUUACGUUCAAAAGUUUAUUUAAUCAUAAAAAACUAUUUGA